AUGUCGAAGCAGGAAGCUGCGGAGCUAGCACUUGAAGCAAAACUCAAGCAUAUUACGAUCACUUGCGGGAAAACUGAGAGAAUUCUUGCGUCAGAUAAUCAUGGGAGAAUCGAAAGACAUCGUGAUGCGUUAAAUGAAUUAGUAAAAGAAGCAGAUACCGCCAAACGUACAGUCGAAGGGUUGAAAAUAGCUAGCGGCGAAAACGUCGAAAGCAUUUCCGAGUGGGAGGAAUCGAUAGAAAAUACCAUCGGUCAAGCUGACAAUGCAAUAGAAAAAUUACGCAAGUGGCUUAUGGAAGUGGAUGAAAGUAAGAAAGCACAUUUAAGAAAGGAUCAGUUGAAUUUCGAGAAAGAGUUGUAUGAAACCAAACUGCACUACAAGACUCAAUUGGAAGAGUCCAAGAGGGACAAACCAGAAGAGACAGGAGAAACGAAUUCUACAAUUAGUGGCAAUCUGGAAGCUAAACUACCAAAGCUAGUGAUUUCAAAAUUUAACGGAAGCUACAAAGAUUGGCCAAGAUUCUGGAACCAGUUCAGCGAGACUAUUGACAAAUCAAAUAUUUCCAAUGUAACAAAAUUUUCAUACUUGAGAGAGUUGCUUGAAAAACAUGUCAAGUAUUCCAUAGAAGCACUACCUUUCACUAGUGAAGGGUAUAACCGAGCAAAAAGUAUACUUCAGUCAAAGUAUGGAAAGGAGUCAGAAGUGAUUAAAGCCUACACCAAAGAAAUUCUUGACUUACCCAACAUACCAGAUGCCAAUGUACAGAAGGUGCAUAAAUUCUGCGAAAGACUCACCUAUUGCGUACAGUCUUUAGAAACUAUGGGAAAACUGGAGCAGAUCAAUGGAAGUGUUGCAAUGACAUUGGACAAAUUGUCUGGUAUAAGAAGCGACUUGGUUCGUACCGAUCCCAACUGGGAUGAAUGGGAUUACAUUAAGCUAAUAGAAGCCUUAACAUUGUGGACUAGGCGAAACCCUAGAAACCCUAUAUGUGAAGGAGAAAGGAAGGAAAAUAGAAACCGUCUCCGUGAAAGAGUAUUCAACACCAAAUUGGGUCAACGAAAAUGUGUAUAUUGCGAUGCAAACGAUCAUAAAUCAGCUGACUGCUCAAAGGUGACGGAUAUCAACGAAAGGAAACAAAUAUUGGCAAAAAAGCGACGCUGCUUCAACUGUACCGGAGAAGGGCAUAGAGCAGCCGAUUGUACAAGUAAAAUAACCUGUCAGCAUUGCGAGAGAAGGCAUCAUACUUCUUUGUGCGAACAAGCAAUGGGGAAGAAAACCCUGAUGACCGCAACAAAAACCAACGAAGGAGUCUUCCCAAUCUUGACUGUAAAGGUUAAUGGGAUCAUGUGCAGAGCGUUAGUUGAUUCUGGGGCUGGCAGCUCGUAUGCAUCUGCAAAGUUGGUAAGUGUCCUUGGCAUGAAACCUGCUGACAUAACAACCAAACAAGUGGACAUGCUCCUGAGUAGUAGUGUAGAACGUCUGGAGACCUAUGCAACUAAAGUGGAGUCCCUCGAUGGAGAGUUUGGUAUGGAAGUAGAUUUAAUUAAAGUGGAAAAAAGUGAACUUUUAUCAGUAAAAAACCCCCAAUACAGCCAUAUGAUUUCCAAAUACUCACACUUAAAAGGGGUUGAUAUCCAAGAUGGUGACACAAGGCUCAGCUUCCAGUACAUGUAG